AUGCAAACAUCUCCAUCCCAAGAAAGAGAUGCUGAUCUCCACGAUGUCAUAAUCAUCGGAGCAGGGCCUUGUGGCUUAGGCGUCGCAGCUCGUUUGCACGAAGAAACACCGUCGGCAAUGUUCACAGAUGAAGAACACCAGCGCUAUCACUGGAUAAAGAAGCACGCGGGACGGAUGAAGCUCAUCCAGGCACGUGGAAGUAAGAUGAACGGGGCACCCGCAGAGAAAUGGAACUUUGGACAACAGAAAAACUGUUCUUGUUUCAGGGAAGAAAAUGCUGCAUACAAGGAGCGUCGAAGAUCGAUAGACUCAACAUCAUCAGAGCCUUCUCUUUCAUCCUUGUUGUCUACCUCUUCUGCAGCGUCAUACUCUACCCUAGUCCUGGAUGGCUCGGAUGAUAAAUGGAUGAAGAGGUGGAAUGAUGCUUUUCGUGCAUUGGAAAUCAAGCAGCUUCGUAGUCCCAUGUUCUUUCAUGUUGACCCCGGAGAUCGGGAUGGCCUUUUGGGUUAUACGCAGGAAAUGGGACGGGAGGAUGAACUAUGGGAGAUACCCGGGGCGAUUGGGGUCGAAAUUGAUGAACGAGAUAGAAAAGACUACUUCUCCCCUUCGCCGGACCUUUUCAAAGAUUAUUGUUCAUCCAUUGUCGAGCGUUAUGGUCUCAAUCAACCAGGUCAAAUCUUAAGACAGGAGGUCACGAAUAUCGAGUAUGACUUUUUGUCCGAUUCCCUCGACUCAAAAAUAUUCACUGUGACCACUUCAACAGGCCAGAAGUUUUACAGUAGAGCUGUUGUUCUCGCUAUUGGAGUCGGUGGGACGGAUAUAAAGAAAGUGUUUCCUUGGAGACCAUUGAGCAAAGAGGAAGGUUCGGAGGCUUGCUGCCAUAGUAUGGAUAUCAAGUUAUUCCCCUUUCCCGGUUCCAACUUACGCAGAAAGAUCCAAUACCGAGAGCAAACCAACGUGGUCGUUGUUGGAGGUGGGCUGUCUUCGGCACAGAUUGUUGAUAUGGUUGUGCGAAAGGGAGUCACUAGAGUUUGGCUUUUGAUGCGCUCUGACCUUAAGGUCAAGCAUUUUGAUAUUAGUCUACCUUGGAUGGGAAAGUAUAAAAACUGGGAGAAAGCAGCCUUCUGGUCCGCCGAUACAGACCAAGAACGUCUUGGAAUGAUAAAGGCUGCACGAAAUGGUGGAAGUAUUACACCUCGCUAUGUCCGAAUACUCAAAAGCCACGCCGCAAAUCACAGAGCCUCUAUUCACCCACGCACCGUGAUAGAGUCCCAUGCAUAUAAUCCAGAAACUCAUACCUGGACCCUAACAACCGAUCCGCCAAUUCCUGACCUCCCUCCAAUAGACUACAUCUACUUUGCAACGGGAGCCCGCGCAGAUGUACGCGAGAUGCCAUUGUUAAGUCAGAUCACAGAAAAGUACCCGAUUGAAGUACAAGAAGGACUGCCGUGUCUAACCGAUGAUCUUAUGUGGAGAGAGGAUGUUCCUCUUUACAUGACUGGACGAAUGGCGGCACUACGUCUAGGACCUGGAGCUCCUAAUCUUGAGGGUGCCAGGCUUGGAGCGGAGCGUAUUGUAUGGAGUCUAGAGGAGAUACUGGAGAAGGAUAGAGGGAUUGGGAAGCAGUGUGAGUGGUUCUGUGGACUGGGAAAUCGUAAUCUCCCAACAACGAUGAAAGAACCCCAGCCCCCUCCGCCAGAUAUUCUCGAUGCACCAGUCCACCACCCCACUGAAAAGCCACUACGCUUUCUUGUAAUUGGAGCUGGAUCUCGUGGAAACGCAUAUGCGCGUGCCGUUACAACAACUACAAAAGGCUCCAUCCAUGCCGUUGCCGAGCCACACCCAUUCAAGCGCCGAGAAUUUGGCCAAAACUACAUAUGGGGCAGCAAAGGCUCUCCAUUUGAAGGCCAAGAGUUCAGCGAUUGGCGCGAGUGGGUGCAAUGGGAGAAAAGGCGUCGCGAAAACGCUAGUCUCAAAGGUAAAGAUGAAGGCCCUGUCGGCGUGGACGGGGUCUUUGUGUGCACUCUAGACGAAACUCACAUAGAAGUCUUGAAGGCCAUCUCUCCACUAAAGUUGCAUGUUCUUUGUGAAAAGCCUCUAGCUCUCUCACUGGAAGAUUGCCUGACCGUCUACCGAACCCUGCAGCCUCCUGAGGGCGACGCCCAAAGACCCAGAGCACCUACGAAUAUCUUCUCGAUCGGCCAUGUCUUACGCUACAGCCCACACAAUAUGCUCUUGCGCAAGCUGCUCCUCACAGACCGGGUAAUUGGCGACAUAGUCUCGCUAGAACACUGUGAGCCCGUAGGCUGGUGGCACUUUUCCCACAGCUACGUCCGCGGCAAUUGGCGGCGGGCAACACCAACCGGAGACGGUUCCUUACUCACAAAGUCCUGCCACGACAUCGAUUUCAUCCUCUGGCUUCUCUGCUCGCCGCCUUCUCUUGAGACAGCGCGUGAAUCUGGCCACAAGCCGCAUUUUCCGCGCUCCAUUUCAUCUACAGGCUCGCUGACACAGUUCCGCCGUGCGCGCAAACCCGCCGCCGCAAAGGAUGCUACUAAUUGCCUUUCGUGUCCUGCCGAGCGCGACUGUAGCUAUAGUGCCUUGCGGAUCUAUAAGGAUCGACACUUCGCAAAGGGCCACCUGAAGUGGCCGGUUGAUAUCGUUUGUCCGGAUAUCGAAGAUGUUUAUACGACAGAGGGUGAGGCUGCGGCUGAAUCAUAUCUACUUUCGCGCUUGAGUGAGGAUUAUAAUCAGGACACGGAUCCUGAUGUGGAUAUUGCUGCGCGGCCCUGGUACGGACGGUGUGUAUACGAGGCUGAUAAUAACGUAUGUGACGACCAGGUCGUCACUUUUGCCUGGGAUGACGAGAACGAACCGCCAAAUCGACUCGCCAAGACGGCCUCGUUCCAUAUGAUUGCACCUACAGAGAAGCAAUGUGAGCGCCGGGGACGUGUCUAUGGAACGACUGGUGAGAUUGAAUAUGAUAGCCAAACCAUCUCUAUCUAUGACUUUGCUUCGGCAAAGACGUCUGUCAUAGAUGUGCCUCGUCCACCGCCUGAGAGAGCAGAGUCGCAUGGUGGUGGUGAUUACGGCCUGGCAGGACAGUAUGUUCGGGCUGUUGAUGCCGUAGUCAACGGUGGGUUAGAUGUUGAAACGGCACAAGCGCGUUUUGUGGGCUGUACGUUGGAAGAGGCGGUUCGGAGCCAUGCGAUUGUAUUUGCGACUGAGGAGGCUAGACGUGAGGAGAAGGUUGUGAAAUGGGGGACAUGGUGGGACGAGAAGCUAAGAGCUUCCAUUUCUUGA